AACCAGCUCCCUCCACCACCCAAGCCCUGUCCUCUGCUCAGAGGCCGCUCUCCUGCACCGGCUCUUCCCUUCCUCCCUCGCUCCCUGCACUGGGGGUCAGCCGCGCCGGCGCUGCUCUUUGCCCCGGGCCGGGAGCGCGGGCUCGCCCAGGGCGGCACUGGGCAUGCUCAGAGGCGGCAGCGGGCGCAGCUUCGCUCGCAAGCGCUCGCACUCGGCGGCGGGCGGGCAAAAUUCACUGCGUAUCCUCCUCGCUUGUCUACAAUGAGUGCCAAGUCUGCCAUCAGCAAGGAAAUUUUUGCACCUCUUGAUGAAAGGAUGCUGGGAGCUGUCCAAGUCAGAAGGAGGACAAAGAAAAAGAUUCCUUUCUUGGCAACUGGAGGUCAAGGGGAAUAUUUAACUUAUAUCUGUCUAUCAGUGACAAACAAGAAACCCACACAGGCAUCUAUCACGAAGGUCAAGCAGUUUGAAGGUUCCACGUCAUUCGUUCGGAGAUCACAGUGGAUGCUUGAGCAGCUUCGCCAGGUUAAUGGUAUUGAUCCUAAUCGGGAUUCUGCAGAAUUUGAUUUGUUGUUUGAAAAUGCUUUUGACCAGUGGGUAGCGAGCACAGCCUCAGAGAAGUGUACCUUCUUCCAGAUCCUCCACCACACCUGCCAGCGGUACCUCACAGACAGAAAGCCAGAGUUUAUUAACUGCCAAUCCAAAAUUAUGGGAGGAAACAGCAUCCUCCAUUCAGCUGCCGAUAGUGUGACCAGUGCUGUACAGAAGGCGAGCCAGGCCUUGAAUGAGCGUGGGGAGCGGUUAGGCCGAGCGGAGGAGAAGACAGAAGACAUGAAGAACAGUGCCCAGCAGUUCGCAGAAACUGCACACAAGCUUGCCAUGAAGCACAAAUGUUGAAAAACUGCCUAUCCUAGUGACCCUCGAGAGAAAUGGAAGAGUUGUUCAGCAGUUUUUACAAGAAUCCUGGACCUCCACCUGCUUUUGUUCCCCAAUAUAUGGACACUUAGGGGUUUUUUGUUUUGUUUUGUUUUUCAUUUUCAGGUGUUAAUAUGGAUGAAAAAGUGUCGUGUGUGUACAUUUCCCUAAUAAUCUUGCUUUUAAAAAUGCAACAAUAACAUCAGCUUCAUUUUAAUUUUUUCUGCGUGUGUGUGUGUGGGGAGGGGUAUAUUUGAAUGUUUUCCUUUUCAAGAAGAAAUAUUUUGGAAGUUUGGUUGUAAAAUUUGGACCAAAUGAUAAACUGAGCUGGCCUAAACUAGUAGUGUGCUUUUUUUUCUCCCUGACAUUAAACAAGAAUUUCAGUGUGGUGACAUCACAUGUUAUUGUUCCUGGGUGAAAAUAAAAGUCAAGCAGCAAUUGGCUUCACUCACACUCCUGGAACUCUUAAAUUGAAGAGUAAAAUUAGAAUUCUGUAUCAUGAGAUAUCAGUCCGUAUUAUGAAAAACACUUGGAUUUAUCACCAGAAAUAGCAAUCUUAGAUUUUACUUUUUGCAUAUUAGUCUUUUGCAUGAACCAUUAACGGUAUUCAAAAAACAAAUCAGAAUCACAAAUAGAAAUCUGCAGCUUAACUAGUUCUGCUCUUUCUUUCCAGGCUGAUAAUUUGGAAUUAUCACAUGAUAGAUAAAAGUUUGAGAGCUAAGGCUCCAAGAAAACCCUAUUUUAAAAACUGUGUCUUCAAGGAUGUUUCUGUCAUUGUCUCAAAUUACCAUAGCUGAUAUUGGAAUGAGCUUGGAUUUUUAUCAAAAAUUGAUUUGUCCAGAUAAAAUGUCUAUGUGAAGAUAGUGUGAAAAGAUACUGCAUUUAAAAUCUUUUUUCUUUUGUUUUUACAAAGCUGUGCCCAAUUUAGAGACACCCUCAGAAUGUCCUUGGGAAAAUUUCUUAGUUUCUGACUUUUAAAGGUUUGAAUUUUGUGUUGACUCUCUAUUUAAUGCAAUUUAACUGUAUGUUUCUGGACAAAUUGCAUAUGAUGGCAACUGUAGCUUGCCUGAUUGACUUGUGAGUUGUGUCAUAAAGACUUUAUGUUGCUGCCAGAUUGAAUAGAGCUGGUCUCCCACCAUUUGUUUGUGUGUUGCUCAAGACGAUACUGCGUUUUGAGUCCGGAAGCUUUGUUUCCAGGAAGGUUCAAUGCUAAACAUAAAAUGCUGUGUUUGUUUCUCAUGAAACAAAGAGGCAAAGCUGCACAUCUCAGACACACUGUCAGCCUUUCACUGUGGUACAUUGAUUUUUAAGCUGCCCGAGUCUUCAGGGCCCCUUCUGUUCCUUCGGAACCCUUGAGCCAGCGAAGUGAUGUGUAUUGUAGUCUCUUAUACAGCAGUGUAAGAUGACUUUGGGAUUAUUAAUCCUGAUUUCAAUAGCUUAAAUUCUCCUGACAAAGCAUCCCCUGGGAGAUAGAAAGUUUGUCUGUUGGAAAAUAAAAAUCAUAGGCAGUACAUGUCAAAGGGAAAUAGAUUUGCUGGAGACAAAUUUCUUAAUCCUCUUAGAGAUGAUCCAAUUCAAGAAAACUCUGUAAAAUUUAUAUAGUAAACUAUGAAAGUUUCCUGUAAUGUUUUUACUUUUCUUUUGAUCUCUUAAAAGUAUGAAGACAUGUGGAACAUGCCAUCUCAUGAGUGCCAUUAGAAGGAUUUAUAGUUUCUAAGAAAAGUCCCAAAUAUCACUCCAAGUGGGUGCUGAUGGCAGACUUCAGUUCACAGAAAACACAGAUGCACACACACAGCUAUAGAUAUUCAUCUUCUCAAAUUAAAUUCUGGUUCCUGAGCUAGGUGGUAUAAAUAAUUGAAAGAGUAAAUCUAUAACCACCUGACAGUUAGCCAAACUCAAGAAUAAAAUUGGUUGCCAACUAUCUAAAAACAGUGUUUGCAAAGCUUCUUGUAAAAUAGGAGAGGGUGAGGUCAUAAGCACACUGAGAAAUCCGAGAUUCUUCCUCCCUGGUGGAGUUCUAAUAUGUACUUGUCAUAAAGGUAAGUGAUCCAUAUCUUACCCUCUUUCCUCACUCUGUUUAUCCUCUCAGACCUAAAUCUUAUUGGAAAUAGCCUGAAUUGGAAGCAGGCACAUCUGAAUCUUUAUUGGCUUCCUCUGUUAAUUAGUUUCCAGGCAGUGGUCAUGUCCUUGACCUCCCUGUAUCAAAGUACAAGUUGGCCUCCCCGAAAGAGAGGCCAUAACAGCACUUCCUAUCCCUCUUCUGCCUUCCAGCCUCUUGCAGAGGUUCCCUUUGAUAAGGUCUUUGCUAUCCUUUUGUAGAAGGUGCUGGGAUACAAAACAGUAAUACAAUUUAACCAAGAGAAAAUUGCUAAAAUGACUCAUAUCAUUUGAGACCAACACAUUUGGUUGAGCUUGCUAGAUAAUAUUAAAUUUUUCUGUUUUAUUUCUGCACUUCACUAUGAAAUUUUUGUGAAGGUGUUCUCAAAUCGUAUUGCUACAAUAAAGAAAAUCUUUGUAGUGUUACCACUUCUCCCUGGAACACAGCUGUAGUAUUCCUCACUAGUAUUAUUAGGUAUCUGUGUACAGGAAGUAUGCAAUUAUUCAGGUUAACGUUUCAUUUUAAAGAAUGUAUCUGUAAAUUGUAGCAAGAUCAGUAGUUAACAUUCUUUAAGCUCUGCAAAAAUUAAGAUUAUGUGUUAGACUUAAAAUUAUAGUGAAAUCCGUCUUACUACUAUUGUGGCUAGGAGAGAUUGUGCAUUUCUGUAAAAGUAUUUUAAGAAUGCCCUAUAUAUGGGGUAUUAAAGAUAGGUUUCACUUGUGAUUUGCAGAAUUGUAACACUGCUAAUGUCUGUUGUACAGUUAUCAAUUCUUCAGAAGUUCUCUAAGAUGUCAAACAUAAUUGUUGUUUAUUCAGAGACCAGUAACACCCGCUCUGUUGAUUCACUACUAUAGCAAACUUUGAUUUUGUCAUUAAAUAUUUUAAUUCUGUGGUGAAA